GUCCCCACAGCAGCGAGAUGAAGAGCACCACGGCCACGAGCAGGGUCUCCUCGCGCAGCAGCAACUGGCUCACGAGCUGCAACAUUUUGAUUACCUGAAAGCAACCUACAAUCAAAUUACUUCAUUUUGGUUAAGAACACCAAAGGAGGACAAAGAUGCCACGAGGAGAUUUUAAUGUGCAUUUUGAAAGCAGAGGCGGUGGAUUCUAUGUUCGAGCAGAGGAGGCAGCUGGAAUAGCUUUCUUAAUCAUAAUUUUGGCAGCCCUUUUCAUAAUUGGAUGCUGGUACUACAGAAGAAGGAGCGGGUACAAAAUAAUUCAGACUCAAAGCAAUGGCCAAACCUGGAGGUCACUGGCAAGGUCAGGACAAUACAGCGAGGGAGGAUCGGCUGCUGAGAAUAAAUUUGCCCUCAACGAGUUCAGCAGCCUUCGUCCGGUGAUUCCGAAUGCCCCUCCGGCAUAUGAGAAGAUCUCAUCAGGGCCUUUACCCCCGCCCUACACCCCCUGAGGGACUGAAGAGCCCUACUGAAGUACAACCCACAGAUGGCACUCUAAAUUCUGUCAUUUGUUACAACAUUAAUCUGAAAACAUUUUGAUUUAGUUCAAGACAAAAAAUGCCAUCUGAUCAUUGGAGAAAAGUCAAAAUAAAACAUCCACACUUUAAUAGCAAGUAAAUGUGUUGUUUAAAUGUCUUCCUUGUAUGGUAUUAAGUUGAAUGUAGUUUCUUAUUAUCCUACUGCCAAGCUGAGAACGAACAUGAAGGUUUUUGCAUGCCAAGAACUGUAAACAUGAUUAGGAAAUAGAUUAUACAGUAUAUGGAACAGGUAAAGUAUAAACAUUCAAUAAAACAAUCUCCAGU